AUGGACGACGAGGAUGUUAAGAUCGCGAGCGUUCACAAAAAGCCGAUUUUUUUUGGAAGCCUCGAGAUUGCCGAGAAGCAGCGGCUCGAGAAGCUGAAGAAGCAGGCUGCUGCGUUCGCCGCGACAGGCGUAGUGGGGGGCGACGAUUCGGGCGAUGACGGCGACAAGGAAGGGGUGAAGGAGGAGGAGAAGGAGGAAAAUUCUGGCGAAGGGGAGGAGGAGGACGAGGAUGAAGAGGAUGAGGAGGAUGAUGAGGAGGGAGGAGAAGGAGGGGGAUCAGGUAAGAGUGAGGGAGUCGAGUACGAGCUAUCAGAGACCGGGAAGCGCGCUAAGGAGCGUCAGGAGCAGAUGCUCAAAGAGCUCGAGAUGAAGCGACGCGCGCGCGCGCUCGCGGUGCCUACUAGCGACACGGCGGUGCGGCUGCGACUCCGCGCGAUCGGCGAGCCGAUCACGCUCUUCGGCGAGCGCGAAAUGGAGCGACGCGACCGGCUUAGGUCUUUCAUGGCUAACUUAGACGCCGAGGGGCGGCUCGACGAGCUUUACGAAGCGAUCGAGCGGCAAAUGCGGGAGAGCGGGGAGGGCGGCGCGGAGGUUCUAGAAACGGAGGAGGUGCCUCAAGCGGAGUUGUUUUAUACCGAGGGGAGCAAGGAGCUGCUGUUGGCGCGGCAGGAGAUUGCGGUGUUUUCGCUGCCCCGGGCAGGUGAAAGGAUUCGGCGCGCGAAGCGGCGGCGCGAGGAUCCCGAUGAGGACGAGGAGGCGGAGGCGAAGGAGUUGAUUGGCGUGGUGCAGGGGAUGAGCAUGCAGGUAUCAGAGAUAGGCGACGAGCGCCCCAUCUCUGCUUGCGCCCUCUCCCCCGACGCCUCUCUUGUUGCCACGUCAGGCUGGAGUGGUGCCUGCCGCCUCUGGUCGCUGCCAGCUGUGCGGGCGGCAGGCGCCCUGCGCGGCCACUCAGAGCGCGCCACGUGUGUGGCCUGGCACCCCCACGCGCUCUCCUCGCUCCCUGCUUCCGGCCCCAAUCUCGCCACAGCGGGUGCUGACAGGUGCGCGCUGCUCUGGCCUCUCCCUUGGGCGGCAUCAACUCCACCCGACGCCAACGGCCAAACUGACAACCCCGAAUUUUCCUCCCGUCCAGCACCUCCUUCCUCCUCCUCCUCCCCAUCCCUCUCCACCCCUCUCCUCCGCCUAUCCGGCCACUUAGACCGAAUCGCGCGAGUUGCUUUUCACCCGUCGGGAAGGUUCCUGGCAAGUACGAGUUUCGACAAGACGUGGCGGUUGUGGGAUGUGGAGCGGGGGGGAGUGGAGCUGCUGCUGCAGGAGGGGCACAGCCGGGCAGUGUACGGCGUCUCUUUCCAGAAGGACGGCGCGCUCGUGGCCACGUGUGGGCUGGAUGCGCUGUGCCGGGUGUGGGACUUGAGGACAGGGAGGAGCAUUCUCGCACUGGAAGGACACGUUAAGCCGCUCCUGGCAUGUGAUUUCUCCCCCAACGGAUACCAUUUAGCGACGGGAGGGGAGGACCACACGUGCCGUGUGUGGGACCUGCGGCGCUGCAGGAAGGGUGCAGGAGGGGGAGGGGGAGCAGGGGGGGCGGAGGGGAGUGGGGGCAGCCUGUAUGUGAUCCCGGCUCACACGCGGCUGGUGUCGGUGGUGCGAUAUGAACCGAGGGAUGGGCUGCUGCUGCUCACCGCUGGCUAUGAUAACACUGCCAAGGUGUGGUCAGGGCGGGACUUCAAGCCCGUGAAGGUGCUGGCAGGGCACGAGGGCAAGGUCAUGGGGGCUGACGUGGCAGCAGAUGGGCAAUGUAUUGUCACAGCGUCUUACGAUCGCACAAUCAAGCUCUGGGGUAAUGAUGACGUUGGGGCUACACCCAUGAUGCGAUGA